UCCUCAGCUCCAGGGGCAGCUCGCACUCCGUCUUCCCAGCCUUCGGUUCGCUGUCACAGUUUCUCUUUCCUGUCUGCAUCAGCGGCAGUUGUCGGGCGCCCGGAGUGAGGGGCGCUUCUUCAGCUUUUGCGGGACCAGGGCCUAGAGCGGCUAGCGGAGAACACGCCGCGUCCCGGGCCAUGGGGACGCCGACCGGCCCCUGAGCGAGGGGAGACGCCAGAGGGAGCCGAAGUGGAGGAAGGGCCUUCUGCACGCCGAGGUCGAGGUUCCGACGCCGCGCCGCCUCUGCGCCCUUUCUUUCCUGCUCUCAGCCAAUACUAUUCUGGAGCCGGAAAGUUAAGUCCCCAAGGCAGUAGCCACCAGCAGCCAGCCUAGGAGCCAUUAUGCCUUGGCCCUUUUCAGAAUCCAUCAAGAAAAGGGCCUGCAGAUACCUGCUGCAGAGGUACCUUGGCCAUUUCCUGCAGGAGAAACUGAGCUUAGAACAGCUUAGCCUGGAUCUCUACCAAGGGACUGGAUCCCUCUGGCAGGUCCCCUUGGACAAAUGGAGUCUCAAUGAAAUUUUGGAGUCUGCAGAUGCACCUCUAGAAGUGACAGAAGGAUUUAUUCAAUCAAUUUCUCUCUGUGUUCCUUGGGGCUCAUUGUUACAAGAUAAUUGUGCACUGGAAGUGAAAGGAUUAGAACUAGUGUUCAGGCCUAGACCUCGACUAGCAACUGGUUCUGAGCCUAUGUAUUGGUCAAGCUUUAUGACCAGCAGCAUGCAACUUGCAAAAGAAUGCCUUAGUCAUAGAUUAACAGAUGAUCAAGGGGAUGGAUCACAGCCUUUUGAAGGACUUGAAAAAUUUGCUGAAACUAUAGAAACAGUUCUACGAAGAGUGAAAGUUACUUUCCUGGAUACAGUUUUGAGAAUUGAACACAUACCAGAAAAUUCAAAAACUGGGACUGCACUUGAAAUUCGAAUAGAAAGAACUAUGUAUUGUGAUGAAACUGCUGAUGAAUGCUCUGGAAUCAAUGUACAUCAACCUACAGCUUUUGCUCACAAGCUGCUUCAGCUUUCUGGAGUCUCUAUCUUUUGGGAUGAGUUUUCUGCAUCAGCAAAAUCUUCUCCAGGGUCUUCAACUGCACCAGUGGAAACUGAACCAAAACUUUCACCCAGUUGGAAUCCGAAAAUUGUUUAUGAGCCACACCCACAGCUCACUAGAAAUUUCCCAGAGGUAGCACCCACUGCUCCUGUUCAGGUUGGAAAGAUGAUUGGUAGAAUGGAGUUGAGCCUUACCUUAAAACAAAAUGAAGUACUUCCUGGAGCUAAGUUGGAUGUUGAUGGACAUGUAGACUCAGUACACCUGUUUCUUUCACCAAGGCAAGUUCAUCUGAUUUUGGACCUGUUGGCUGCUAUAGCUGGACCAGAGAAUUCUGGUAAAAUAGUGCUACCUACUAAAGAUAGAAAAAAUCGUCCAAUGCAGCAGGAAGAUGAGUAUCGGAUUCAAUUGGAAUUGAAUCGGUGUUUACGAAGAGACUCCCUCUCAGUGGGUGCAUCAUCUGAGCAGAGUUUUUAUGAAACAGAGUCGGCUAGAACACCUUCUAGCCGAGAAGAAGAAGUUUUCUUCUCCAUGGCUGAUAUGGAUAUGUCUCAUAGUCUCUCAUCUCUUCCUCCUCUUGGAGAUCCCCCAAAUAUGGAUCUUGAUCUCUCCUUAACUAGUACAUUCACAAAUACUCCAGCAGGAUCUCCAUUGAGUGCCACUGUGCUUCAGCCAACUUGGGGUGACUUUCUUGACCAGCAUAAAGAGGAACAACCAAUCAAAGGAUCUCCAUUUUCAUCCAACUUAAUUCACCAGACAUCUUUACAAAGGACUUCUCUUCCUUCCAGAUCUGUUUCACUGGAUGAGUCCAGGCCUGAACUUAUUUUUAGAUUAGCUGUGGGAACUUUUUCAGCCUCUGUACUUCACAUCGAUCCUUUAUCACCACCUGAAACUUCUCUGAACCUUAAUCCAUUGACUACAAUGGCAUUAUAUUUCUUUACUUGCAUAGAAAAGAUUGAUCCAGUAAGAUUUCUUGCACAUGACUUUGAAUCCUUCAGAGAAGUCUUUGCAGAGGCUUGUUCCCAUGACCACCUUAGAUUUAUUGGUACUGGCAUCAAAGUAUCCUAUGAACAAAGGCAAAGAUCAGCUUCUCAAUAUUUUAGUACUGAUAUUUUGGUUGGACAAAUGGAACUUUUGGAGUGCCUUUUUCCUACUGAUUCUCAUACUGUUUCUACACACUAUACGGAGCUUUUGAAGUUCCAUUCUAAAAAAGGAAGUGAUUUACAUCCCCAGACUUGUCUUCAGCUUCAUUAUAAACAUUCAGAUAAUAGAGGACCCCAAGGCAGUCAAGCACGACUUAGUGCAGUUCCUCAGAAAGCAGAAUUACAUAUUAAGUUAAAUCCAGUGUUUUGUGAACUGGAUAUUAGUAUUGUGGAUAGAUUAAAUUCCUUGCUUCAACCACAGAAACUUAGCACAGUGGAGAUGAUGGCUUCUCACAUGUAUACAUCUUACAACAAACAUAUAAGUCUGCACAAAGCUUUCACAGAAGUUUUUUUGGAUGAUUCACAUACUCCUUCAAAUUGUCAGAUAUCUGUACAAGUAACCACACCUGCAUUAAAUCUUGCUGUUCGCUUCCCAAUACCCGAUCUUCGAUCAGAUCAAGAAAGAGGACCUUGGUUUAAGAAGUCACUUCAAAAGGAGAUCCUUCAUUUAGAAUUUACCAGUAUGGAAUUUAAGACUGAGUUUAUAGGAGGGUCAUCUCCAGAGCAAAUUAAAUUGGAACUUACCUUUAGAGAACUAUUUGGUUCAUUCCAGGAAGAUAAAGGAGAACCAUUAGUUAAAUUUUUUCAAGUGUCUAGUGGAAUAGAUGGGGAUAUAACAUCAUCAGAUGAUUUUGAUUGGCCACGAAUUGUGCUGAAAAUAAACCCAUUAGCUAUGCAUUCCAUUUUGGAGAGAAUAGCAGCAGAGGAAGAAGAAGAGAGUGAUGGUCACUUUCAAGAGGAAGAAGAAGGAGGAGCACAUUCUUUGAAAGAUGUUUGUGAUUUAAGAAGACCAGAGCCAUCUCCUUUUUCUUCUCGUAGAGUAAUGUUUGAAAAUGAGCAGAUGGUGAUGCCUGGUGAUGCUUUGGAGAUGACAGAGUUUCAAGACAAAGCAGUCAGCAACUCUCACUAUGUAUUAGAACUUACAUUACCAAAUAUUUAUUUAACAUUGCCAAAUAAAAAUUUUUAUGAGAAGCUCUAUAAUAGGAUCAGUAAUGACCUGCUACUGUGGGAACCAACAGCUCCAUCACCUGUGGAAACACUGGAAAAUAUUUCAUAUGGUAUUGGGCUCUCGGUAGCCAGUCAACUGAUUAAUACCUUCAACAAAGAUAGUUUUAGUCAGUUUAAAUCUACAGUUCAUUACGAUGAUGAGAGUGGAUCCGAGGAAGAGACUUUGCAGUAUUUUUCCACAGUUGAUCCCAACUAUCGUUCUCGUAGGAAAAAAAACCUUGAAUCUCAAAACAAGAAUUCUCAGAGUUUUCUUUCUGUUCUUCUGAACAUCAAUCAUGGAUUAGUAUCAGUAUUUACAGAUAUUAAGCAAGAUGACAGAGAAUUGUUAGAAAGUAAACAUGGUGAAUUCUGGUUAGAAUUCAAUAGUGCUUCAUUAUUUUUCGUGACAAAAUAUGAAGGUUUUGAAGAUAAACACUACAUCUGUCUUCAUUCAAACAGCUUCAGUUUAUAUCACCAAGGCAUGAUAGAUGGAGUGAUUCUUCCUGCUGAAGUACGACUUCCCACCACAACUCGUCCACAUUGGUUGGAACCUAUAAUUUAUUCAUCAGAAGAAGAUGGUUUUAGUAGAACUUCAGAUGGUGUUGGAGGAGACUCUUUAAGUAUGUUAUCUGUUGCUGUUAAAAUCCAGUCUGAUAAAUCAGAGAUGAAUACAAAGGAAUUUCUCAUUGCGGUGGGACUCAAAGGAGCAACCCUUCAGCAUAAAGUACUUCCUUCUGGACUUAGCUGGCAUGAACAGAUUUUAUAUUUCAUGAAUAUUUCUGAUGAACCUGUUUUGGGAUAUAAUCCUCCAGCUUCCUUUACAACUUUUCAUGUUCAUCUCUGGAGUUGUGCCCUUGAUUAUAGGCCUCUUUAUUUGCCAACAAGAGCUCUUCUGACUGUAGAAACAUUUAGUAUUUCUAGUAGUGUUUCUUUGGAUAAAUCAUCAUCCACUCUCAGAAUUAUCUUGGAUGAAGCUGCUUUACAUUUGUCUGAUAAAUGUAAUACUGUGACUGUAAACUUGAAUAGAGAUUAUGUCCGUGUAAUGGACAUGGGCCUUUUGGAAUUAACUAUCACAGCAAUGAAAUCUGAUUCUGAUGGGGAGCAAACUCAGCCUCGCUUUGAGCUGCACUGUUCUAGUGAUGUUAUUCACAUCAGAACAUGCUCUGAUUCUUGUGCUGCCCUCAUGAAUCUUAUACAGUACAUUGCAAGUUAUGGUGAUUUACAUGCACCCAGUAAAACAGAAGUUAAACCUGCAGCUGUCCAAAAGAAAACAAAGGUGGAUACCACUAGUUGGCCAUCUUCAAGAGGUCUAGUACUUCCUGAAGCUGAUCAACAAAUCUUGAGAGAAUUGAUGAGUGAUGCCAUGGAGGAAAUUGAUAUACAGCAAGCUGCUUCUCCCAUAAAGCCACAAUCUAAUGGUAUUUUGGAUGAAAAAUCAAAAGCACAGGAACCAUCAUCUUGUUCAGAUCUCUUCCUGUUCCCAGAUGAAAGUGGGAAUAUCUCUCAGGAGCCUAGUCCCAGCUAUGCCUCAUGUACUCAACACUUGAUUAAUGAUGCAAUGAUAGAUGUACCUUCAGAAAAUGAUGAUUUUUGUAUUCUUUUUGCACCUAAAGUAACCAUUCAUGAGAAGGAAGAGGAGCCAAUAGUGAAAACAAUGGUUGAUGAUGGUAUUGUAAUAAUAGAAAAUCAUUUUAGUCUACCUGUUAAAAAAACAGAUACUAGCAAAGCCCCAUUACACUUCCCUACUCCUAUUAUACGAUAUGUUGUUAAGGAAGUCUCUCUUGUUUGGCAUCUCUAUGGAGGAAAGGAUUUUGGCACAAUACUUCCUACAUCUCCAGCUAAAAGUUAUGUUAGUCCACACAGUUCUCCUUCUCAUACACCCACGAGACAUGGACGUAGCAUGGCAUGUGGAGGAAAAGGAAGGAAUUUUGACUUUUUAAUGGAAAUACAGUUGAGUAAGGUGAAGUUUCAGCAUGAAGUAUAUCCACCAAGCAAACCAGAUUGUGAAUCCAGCCUUUUAGAAUAUCCAGUGUCGCGCCAGGUGUUUAUCGUUCAGGACUUGGAGAUUCGUGAUCGCCUGGCUACAUCACAAAUGAACAAAUUUUUAUAUCUUUACUGUAGUAAGGAGAUGCCUAGAAAAGCCCAUUCUAACAUGUUAACAAUCAAAGCAUUACAUGUACGUCCAGAAUCUGGAAGAGCACCACAAGAAUGCUGUUUAAGAGUUUCAUUAAUGCCACUUCGACUCAAUAUUGACCAGGAUGCCUUGUUUUUCCUGAAAGACUUUUUCACUAGUCUUUCUACAGAAGUGGAACUUUUAAUGACUCCAGAUCCAGAAGUAAAAAAAUCUCCUGCAGCUGAUGUUACCUGUAGUUUGCCAAAGCAUUUGAGUGCCUCAAAGGAGCCAAAUUUAGUUAUUUCUUUUCCUGGGCCAAAACAACAAUGCCAAAAUGGCAGUUCAGUGGAAGUGGUUAAUGGAGAGGAGGAGCAUUUAUCUGAAGCAACGCUAUUUAGUGAUCAACCUGUAUUUUUUAGAGAAUUUAGAUUUACAUCAGAAGUGCCUAUACGACUUGAUUACCAUGGGAAGCAUGUAUCAAUGGAUCAGGGUACGUUAGCUGGCAUUCUUAUUGGUCUUGCUCAAUUAAAUUGUUCUGAAUUGAAGUUGAAGAGGCUUUUUUAUCGACAUGGUUUGCUAGGUGUAGACAAAUUAUUCUCUUAUGCGAUUGCGGAAUGGCUUAAUGAUAUUAAGAAGAACCAGCUGCCAGGAAUUCUGGGAGGUGUUGGGCCUAUACAUUCGCUAGUACAAUUAGUACAAGGCCUGAAAGACUUGGUGUGGUUACCAAUAGAGCAGUACCGAAAGGAUGGCCGCAUUGUAAGAGGAUUUCAGAAAGGAGCAGCUUCAUUUGGUACUUCAACAGCAAUGGCUGCUUUAGAACUAACAAACAGAAUGGUUCAAACUAUACAGGCAGCAGCAGAGACUGCUUAUGACAUGGUAUCCCCAGGUACAAUUUCAAUUGACCCCAAAAAGAUCAAACGAUUUUCUCAUCAUCGCUUAGCACAUCAGCCUGUAGACCUGAGAGAAGGUGUGGCCAAAGCAUAUAGUGUUGUAAAGGAGGGUAUCACAGAUACUGCUCAAACCAUCUAUGAAACCGCUGCUAGAGAGCAUGAGAAUCGGGGUGUUACUGGAGCAGUAGGAGAAGUCCUCCGUCAGAUUCCACCAGCUGUAGUUAAGCCUCUGAUUGUUGCCACAGAAGCAACAUCAAAUGUUUUAGGUGGAAUGAGAAACCAAAUUAGACCAGAUGUUCGACAAGAUGAAUCACAAAAGUGGCGUCAAGGGGAAGACUGAUAGUUCCAACAUGAUUCUUUAGAAGAUUAUGAAAGUGGACGUAAGGAACAUGAUAUUCCGGUGGCAGCUUUAGGUAGAACUAAUGUAAAUUUACUUUUUCUCAGGAGCAGAAGCUUUUCUUAGGCAAUUUUCACAUCAACUCAACUUGUAGCCAAAACCUUCCAUGCAUUUUAGGGCAAGUUUGAUACUUGCCUUUAGAAAUGACCAUUACUCAUUAUGUGUGAUGGCUAGUUUCACAUGUCUUGGUUCAUGUGCUUGUUUUUAUGAAAACAUAAACCAUAGUUCUUUUAUGAUGGCUGAGGUGUUAUUAGAAGCAGCUUUCAUGAAAUUCAUGUUUUCUGAGCCCUUAAAGAUUCUUUAUCAAUCAGUUGUUCUUUGAUACAUAAAACUAAAAACAUGUUCAAAAUAUCCGUUUUUUUUUUUUUUCCUGGUGAUAAUAGAAGUGUAAUAAAGGCAAAUGGGAUUUUUAUUAGGAAUAUGUGCCAGAUUGACAUCUUGAAAAAAUGAAUUUAAUAUUUAUAUUUUAAAGAACAAUCUGUGAAUAUAUUAUGUAACAUGCAUAUAUGACACGCAUAUACAUACCCUUGUUUCCUAAUAGAUUUUUUUGGGUAGGAGAUGACAUUUUUAAACAUGUUUUAUUGUGUUGCACUUUAAAUAAUUUAUUCUGCAAAAUGUGUAGAUAAUUAAAAAGUCAUGUACAUUAUUCGUGUGUGAGUUAGAAACAUAUAAAAAGGAAUGUAAUAAAGAUUUUUGGCAAAAAAAAAUACAUGUUUGUUUAACUUUAAAUGAAAUUGUUCAUUUUAUGCCUGACUAAAAAUUAUAUCUUUAGUUUUAUAUAGAGAUUUUGAGAUAGAUAGGACUUUGUGGAGUGGGAGGAAAUGAAGAGUUCCAAUCUUUGUUUUUUUUUUUUUUUUUUUAGAUUUUUAUUAAUUAUUUCAAAUUAAGAAUUUUAGCAGGCUAACUACAUUUUAAUGGCCUGCUUUUUUUUUUUUUUUUUGGAAUAAAAUAAGUCCAUUUCAAAGUAAAAUUGUUUUAAUUGCCCCUAUAUAAUUUAUAUUCUGUGGAAUAUGCUCAGAGAAAUGAAAUUUCUCCCAAUUUAUUUAUCCCAAGAUUCUUAGAAAAACUUUCUGAAGACUGAUUGGUUAAUAGCAAAUAAAUCACUAUCCCAGGCAUAAAAUAGAAUUUUAUACCCACAGCAAUUUUCUUGGCUACAUGCGUGUGAGAUUUAUAAUGUGCUACUGCAAAUUCUGUCAGUAGGAAUUUCAGAAUAUUACUUUUUAAGUCAUAAGCUAGAAAAUUUGUUUGCUUUUCUAAUUAAAAAAUAUCAGUGUUAGCAGUGGUCCAAAUUACUUUAAUUAAAAAAAAAAAAGGUUUUGAAUCUUCUCCUGUUUUUCUCUUUUUAGAAAAUUUAAAAGAGAGAAUCUUAUUAGCCCAUCUAUGCAUCCCUAAGGAUGUUAACACCAAUUAAUUGUACAAGUACAGCACAUUUUUUGCCAAAUAUGACACCAAGCAGGCAAUGUAGUUACAGCAUUUUGUUAUUAUUAGGAGUUAAUCUUUUUCAGGAGAAGUCCAUACAUAUGUUGCAUAUAAAAACUUCAGAAUGUCAUCUUUUAAAAAUGGAAUAGCAACUAUUAUAUCAAGUUAAGUGCUUUAUGAAUUAUGACCUUAGUAAAAGGUGAAAGUGUAUGUUACUUAUGCAACUAAGACAUUUAAUUUUUAUUCUUUUACUUGUUUCUGGUCUUUCUGUGGUUACAUUAUGCAGAUGCAUAGUCCAGAGAAAUAAAAGUCCAAUUCUGACAUGCACUCUUAAGUAAUUAACAAAUAUCUUUUAGAAAUUGCUUUCAUAAAUUCUACUUAACAAGUACUUAUAUAAGCUCCACUUAUAUAGAACACUAUUUGCACAUUCAGGCCAACAGUCAAUACUAAUGCAUCAUAGCAAAGGAGUAAAUAAAUUUUAUGUUAGUUUACAUGAAAUGUACCUUUGCUAAAAUUGUGUAUAUGUAUAGUAUCUGUAUUUAAAUAUUUGUAUAAUAUUUAGCAUCUUUAAAUAAAACUCAGUGUUCUUCCAAAUGUAUUGAUGUUCUUGGAAUUUUAAGUUAAUUUUUUUUUUUUUUUUUGGUAGAGUGCUUGCUUAGGCUGAUAAAAUCUUUUGCUUAGUGCUUUGAUCUUUUCACUGACAAAGCACUGGGUAUUUGUGAGGCAAUCAGUCUUUUAAAUGCUUUUAGUAACUUGAACUUACUUUUUCACUUGCAAUGUUCCCUACUUAAUUUAAUGUUGAAAUUCACAGUAAUUUACACCUCUUCUCAAAUGAAAUGUGGAUACAAUGCUUUAUAAAUAUAUUUUUAUUAAGAAUAUUUAAUAAUGCACUUAAAUAGUUAUUUAAUAGGGGGAAAAGGUGAAACAAGUUUUUACUUCUUGGAUGCUACUUUUGGGAGCUAAUGGAUUAUCCCCUUUCCACAUUAAAUCCCUUUACUAUUAGCUCCAUAAUUAUAAUCAUUUACAAAUACAUUGAAUGCUGAACACAUGCUUUAUGUGUGAAAGUUAAAAAACAAAAACAGAAACAAACAACCUUGCCUUUAGCUUUGUGUUUUCAAUUUAAUGAAAUAGUAUUAAAGUAAUAGAAAGUAUUAUUUUAUGUCCCUUCAAGAUGAUUUUUAGAUAAUGAAACUACUAAAAUAUAGAGGGGUUUUUUUUUUAAUUCUUAAAAUGAGAGUGGGUAGCUUUGCAUUAAAACUGGAAAAAAAGAAACAUUAAAAAAAUUUUUUUUAAAGAAACAUUAAAAAUAGAAAUAUUUCUUAUUUUUAAAAAUUAAACUCAGAAUUUAGACUUCAUUUCUCUCUUUUUUGAAUUGUAGUUCUUGUAUUCUAUUCACAACUGUACAAUGUAACCAGACAAUAUUUGAUCAUGAGGGCCGAUUUUGUGCAGACCCUUUAUAUCUCCUUCCCACAACUAUGUCCCGUUUCACCUUAGAGUUGUUAUUAAUGUUGUAUCCAAGAAUGUGGAAUAAUAAUAACAAGUAUAAUUUAAAUUCAUGUUUUUUUUUAAUUGUCUAGCUUUGGGAAAGCUUUGAUAGACAAAAGACUUUGAAUUAAUCACUUAAAUGAAGGUUGAAAUUGUCUUUAAAAUUUUUUUUUACCACAGAUAAUUGUCUCCAUAAAAAGUAGGCUGGGGCAUUGCACUAGUUAUCAGGAGACCUAAGUUAUAGUCCUUGCACUACCUUUACUUUACUGUGUGACCUUGAACAAAUGUUCUAGUUAUGAAUCUAAAUUUUCACAUUUGUAAAAUGAGGGGGUUGCAUUACGACAUCUCCAUGGUUCCUGACCAGCCCUAAGACCAGCCAUAAGCCUGACUGCAUAUGGAUUUAAAAAGUGGCUACCACUUCUUAGGAAAAAUUUUUUAAAAAUAUAUUAAUAAUGUGUUUAUAGUAACGUGUAUGUACGAUAUUUUUAAAAAAUUGUAUAAUGUAGAGGACUUGGUCUAGCCCUCAGCACUUCAAAUUUAGCUUUGUAACAUGAAGUGAACUGAUUAACUUUUCAGCUUCACUUUACUUGCUUAGUCUUGAAUUAUUAAGAUUGUCAUAGGACCUUUUUGGGGGGUUGGACUGAGAUUAAUAUAACAUUCAGGUGAGAAUUUUAUUUCUUAUUUCAUUAUCUAUUUCCUUUCUUUAAUCAUUAAAAGUUCCUUAAAUUAGGGGGAAUGUUCAUGAAGUUCUUUCAGUUCCUUGAAUGUAAGGCAUUAUGUAAACACAAGGUGAUACCUUUACUAUUAUAUGUAUAUAAUCAUGUGUAUGUAUAUAUGUUAUUUAAACAUGUUGUCAAACAUUAGAAUGUGUUGAAUAUUUCAUGAUCUUUCCUUAAGCAUAUUAAAUGCAAGUGUAAGUUUGAGUUACACUUCUUUUGAUGCUACCAAGUGCUAUGUUUGUACAAUAUGUGUAAAUAAUGUAAAAUUUAUAAAUGUCAUCAUUUGCCAUCUCUGGGUGUCUUACAUUUUAUUAUAAGGUGUACAGUUAUUCCUAUUUAUGAAACUUGUUCCUUGCAAGAGUUUUAAUCCCAUUUAUUUUUUAGUAUGAUCUUAGUUCAGCAAGCAUUUAUUAAUCAAACUCUAUGUAGAAGACAGUCUAUACAUUCUAACGAAGAAUAUUCUAUAUUGUGUAAAUAACUCAACCAGCUUCCUUUGGUUUUAUUUGUAAGCAUCCUUUUUUGAUCAGUUAUUAGCGAAUCAAAGGUAGAAACAUUACUUUAAUACACAAUACUAAUAAUGCAGUUAUUUAGCUUAAAAACUUGGGUGUUUCAACAUUUCAUGCACAUAUUUUUAUUGCUAUUUUUCUCUCUUAAAAUAACUUUUUUUGCAUUUCUGAUAUAAUUUGAGUUUUUUCUUUUUAAAUUUCUGAAGAGUUUUGUUUUUCUUUUUGCAACAAAUAUCUAAGAUACUAAAAUUUAGCACCAGCACUCUGUUUUGAAGAGUCAGGUACUUUGGAGAUCUUAAGUGAUAUAUUUUCAUCCUUAGGUACACCAGAUCGAUUCAGAUACCUAAAAAACAACUUUUAUAGUACUUUGCUCUUUUAAAUGUAUUUUUGUAUAAAAGAGAAUAAUUUCUGAUAGCUGGUUAUGUUAUUUGUGUAUUUGUGAAAACUGCAAUACCUACCUUUUCUAUGUUAAGAAACUGGGGAUUGUGGCCAUAAAUUGCCUACAUUCAUAAUGGAAGCUUUAUAUAAACAUUUUGAUUUGUUACAGAUGCAGGAGUUGAAUUACCAUGAAUAAAAGAUUAUAAAGUUUACAAGUAUUUAUUGUCAAGUUGUCCUAAUAAAACUGUUAAUUGUUCAUGUGAAUAUUUUUUAAAAUGUUUGUGCUGUGUGAUUAAUGUUAUGGCAAUGAAGCAUAAUGGUAUGAUUAAAGUAUUUCUAUGGAUUGAA